AGUCAGAUGGAGAAGAAUCCGCUUUAUGUCUGAAAACAGGUGCAGUGACUCUUUCAGCACAAGCACCUCUGCAGGAUUUCAUGGUUUGGGUCUGCUGAUGUGACCCGGUGAGAUAUCACUGCAGCUUCCAGGACAUUGCAAGACCUGAAAGCACCUGACCGCCCCCUCAUCCCCACACCCCAGCCCCAAAAUUACAAAAAAAAAAAAAAAAAGCACCGGGAACCCAACUCUUUUCAUGGCUUUUGUCUUCAGAAGAUGGAGGGUGUUAUUGCUUCUCAACGUUCUGGCGGUCGCAGGGUUCAUGACCUUCUGGGCCAAGUGCAACACCCGCAGCGUCCAGGCGGCUGGUCCGGAGGCUCCGGCUGACGGAAAGAGGCCCCGAGCCAACGGGACAGCGCAGGGGCCCAGCGUGAGCCACGAGGUGCUGCUGAAGAGGCUCAGCUCGCUGGAGGAUGUGGUUUACAGGCAGCUAAACGGUCUGUCCAAAUCCCUGGGCCUGAUUGAAGGCUUUGGGGGUCGGGGUAAAGGCGGCGUCGCUGCUACGCUUUCACCACUGGAGGAGAACGAUGCCAAAUACCUAAAGGAGAAGUACGGCUACAAUGCCUACCUCAGCGACAGGAUCUCUCUGGACCGGACCAUCCCGGAUCACCGGCCGAACAAAUGUAGAAAAGUCAGCUACCCCAGAGACCUCCCCCAGAUCUCCCUUAUCUUCAUUUUUGUCAACGAAGCCCUGUCAGUGAUCCUACGCUCUGUCCACUCAGCAGUCAAUCACACGCCAGCUCACUUGCUCAAAGAGAUUAUCCUGGUGGACGACAACAGCGAUGACGAGCAGCUGAAAGGACCUUUGGAGGAUUAUGUGAACAAGCGCUACCCCGGGCUUGUGAAGAUAGUAAGAAACCAGAAAAGAGAAGGACUGAUCCGGGCCAGAAUCGAAGGCUGGAAGGUGGCUACAGCAGAAGUUACUGGAUUUUUUGAUGCCCAUGUUGAGUUUACUCCCCAAUGGGCUGAGCCUGUGCUGGCCAGAAUAAAAGAGGACCAUAAGCGGAUCAUCCUGCCGUCCAUCGACAACAUCAAACAUGACACCUUCGAGGUGGAGCGUUAUGAGAACUCGGGCCACGGCUACAACUGGGAACUCUGGUGCAUGUACAUCAACCCACCUAAGCAAUGGUGGGACGAGGGUGACCUGUCUGCUCCCAUAAGGACUCCUGCAAUGAUUGGAUGCUCCUUUGUGGCUGACCGGGAUUACUUCGGGGAACUCGGUCUGCUGGACUCAGGCAUGGACGUCUACGGAGGGGAGAACAUCGAGCUGGGCAUUAGGGUUUGGCUGUGUGGCGGCAGCAUGGAGGUGCUGCCUUGUUCCAGAGUUGCUCACAUUGCUCGAAUAAAGAAACCCUACCACAGCAAUAUAGCAUUCCACACCCGGCGCAACGCUCUGCGAGUCGCCGAGGUCUGGAUGGAUGAGUACAAAUCCAAUGUGUACCUGGCCUGGAACAUCCCAAUGGAGAACCAUGGCAUUGAUUAUGGAGACGUUUCUCAGAGGGUGGCGCUGAGGAAAAGUCUGCAGUGUAAGAGCUUCCAGUGGUACCUCGACAACGUUUACCCAGAAAUGAGGAGGUACAAUAACACGGUGUUCUACGGUGAGAUCCGUAACUCUAAAGUGAGCCACUUGUGUAUGGAUCAGGGUAUGAAGGAAAACCACACAGCCACCCUUCACCCCUGCCAUGGCUGGGGUCCUCAGUUGGGACGCUACACCAAAGAGGGUCAGCUGUUCCUGGGUCCGCUGGGAAGCACCGGUGAGGACACUCGCUGUGUCGUAGACGAUCAGACCAGCAGCUUUCCCCAGCUCCUAAACUGUGACAAAGUCACCAACGCCAAGCAGAAGACAUGGGACUUCUCUCAGAAUGACUCCAUCAUAAACCGAGCUACAGGACGGUGUCUAGAGGUGGUGCCAGCCAACGUUUACUUCGGCCACCUGCUGGUUCUACAGCCCUGCUCUGGCCAGAGGUGGACCAUCAAGAACACUAUGAAGCAAUAACCAAUGGAGAGGACCCGUCUUACCCACAGUGGUCAACUGACCUUAGCUUGGCACAAGGUUGCACAAUAAAAUGGCAAGAAGUCCAUGAAAGAAAUGUUUUACUAAAUGCUCUGGGUGCCAUGAAGAUUAUUGAGACUGGAAAUUAUUUUUUAUAAAACAGAGAUUCAAAAGGACAACUGAAGCAUGAGGACUGUUUCUGUCUGAUUUAUUUUGACUUAAUGUGUUGUUAUAAAUCCUCUGUGUAAUGCUACUAAACAGUGCUCUGACAUUUAAGACUUAAGAUUCAAUCAGCCAAUAGAUUUUACCAGCAAAACGUCUCCACUGCAAAAACGAUCUAAAAAUGAGUAAAAAUGUCUUAAAUUAAGUGUAUUUACCUUUAAUUUAAGCAGGUAAAUAAGAUGAUUUGCAAAUUG